ACUCUAAUUUAUUUUUUCAGGGUCGGGACAGACACCGGACCCUGAAACCCAAACCCUAGUCCCAAACAAUACCUCUUUCUCUCUGAGGCUCAGUUGUCACUCUAUCAGCCCCAGCAAUGGCGAGGAAGCGAAAGCUCGACUCCAAAUCCGCCCUGGCAACCGAACCCCCGAAGAAGCAACAGCAGCAACGAAAGCAGAAAGAAGAGGAUCGUACCCACAUCAAAGUUGAGGUAGACCAAGACGACGAAUACGAAUACGAGUACGAAUACGAAUACGAAGAAGAAGAAGAAGAAGAAGAAGAAGAAGAAGAAGAGGAAGAAGAAGAAGGGGAAGACGAAGAAGAGGAUGAAGAGGAAGAAGACGAAGAUCUCUAUAAACCAAAGAAUGCCGAUAAUCAGACGGCGAACACCUCCACGUCAGCCGCAGAUCGAGACAGCGAGGAUGAUGACGAUGAACCCAUACAGAAGGUUCUUGAACCGUUCAGCAAGGAGCAGAUUAUAAACCUUCUCUGCGAAGCAGUGCAUAAGCAUCCGGACGUGGCGGAUCGGAUCCAAAAGGUUGCGAACGAGGACCCGGCACACCGAAAGAUCUUCGUCCACGGACUCGGGUGGGACACGAACACGGAGACACUCUCCAACGCGUUCAAGCAGUACGGCGAGAUCGAGGAUUGCAAGGCCGUGUGCGACAAGGUCUCUGGCAAAUCCAAGGGCUACGGUUUCAUCCUCUUCAAGACCCGCGGCGGGGCCCGGAAGGCCCUCAAGCAGCCCCAGAAGAAGAUCGGUAACCGGAUGACUGCGUGCCAGCUGGCCUCAAUGUUUCCGGUCGCACAGCCGAAUGCCACCGCGGCGGCCUCCACGCCGCCCCUUUCGGAAUAUGCGCAGAGGAAGAUAUACGUGAGCAAUGUUGGGGCUGAGUUGGAUCCUCAGAAGCUGCUUAUGUUCUUCUCCAAGUACGGAGAAAUUGAGGAAGGGCCAUUGGGGCUCGAUAAGAUGACCGGGAAGCCCAAGGGGUUUUGUUUGUUCACGUACAAGACGGUUGAAAGCGCCAAGAGGGCUCUGGAAGAGCCGCACAAGAAUUUCGAGGGACAUACAUUGCACUGCCAGAAGGCUAUUGAUGGUCCGAAGCCGAAAAAGUCUCACCCUAAUCAGCUUCAGUAUCAGCAUCAUCAGCUUCAGUAUCAGCCUCACCAGAACCCUCACAACGCCCAAUUCCAGAGGAAUGAGAACCCCGCUCUUGUUGGUGGAGCCGCAGCGGCUGCACCGGGUCACUUGAUGGCUCCCCCCACCGGAGCGGGGAUUGGGUUAAAUCAGGGGGCUGCGGCGGCUCAGGCGUUGAAUCCUGCGCUUGGGCAGGCAAUAGCGGCGUUGUUUGCAAGUCAGGGUGCCGGGUUGGGCCUGACUAAUCUGUUGGGGACGCUGGCAUCGGCUGCGGCCGCGAACCCAGGUGUGCCCGCAGCGGGGCAUGGGACACAGGGUGCGUAUUCGAACCAGUCGAAUAUAAGCCCGGGACUGAUUGGAGGGUAUGGGAAUCAAGGAGGAAUGCAGGUUGGGUACCCCAACUCGCAGACUCAAGGUGGUUCCGGGAGAGGCCAGCAUGGUGUCGUGCAAUAUGGUGGCGUUAAUCCUUAUACGGGGCAAUAGGUGUUCCUCAGGCAGUGCUCUUUGCCAACCAUGGAGUUAUCUCUCUACAACCAUGUUUGCCAUGUCUCAAGAUUCUGAAUGUUCAUCAACUACAGUUGAUAUUGGUGCAAAUAGGAUCAAUGCCAAUAGAACUCCCUGAAGCUGCUGUGAUUUGUGUGGUGCUGUCUUUCUGUGAUGAUGUAAUGCACUAAUAUUGUUGUCUGUUGUUGUAUAUGCUAUAAUGCAUAGAUCUUUUGACUACUUUGAUGUUGAAGAUUCAAUGCUCCUUUAUGUUAAUCAGACAAUGAUGGUGGGGAAUAGACAUUAGCAGAGAGUUGUGAUUUAGUCAUACUAUUGUUUUAAAUGUACAAUAUUGAUAUCUAGUGAAGGAUUAAGAUUCUUCUGAUUA